GUUUAGUAAAAGUGAUGCUUCAAAGCAGAAGUAUGAGAUUACAUUGUGCCAAUAUUCCUUCUUUCCUGCUAAUAUUUCUUGUUCUCUCUCUGUUGCAGACGCCAACGCAGGCCACUAAGAAGCCUUAUAUUGUGUACUUGGGAUCACAUUCACACGGUCCAAACCCUUCGUCGACUGAUCUAGAGCGCGCGACAAGUUCACAUUACAGUUUCCUUGGAUCAUAUUUGGAAAGCGAUGAGAAGGUUAGAGACGCCAUCUUCUACUCGUACACAAGACACAUCAAUGGCUUUGCUGCAAUCCUAGACGACACAAAAGCUGCAGAGAUAGCAAAGCAUCCAAAUGUUGUAUCAAUCUUCUUAGAUAAAGGAAUGAAACUGCAUACGACCCGUUCAUGGGAUUUUCUUAGGCUUGAAACAAAUGGGGGGAUUCCUUCAGACUCUAUUUGGAACAAGGCACGAUAUGGUGAAGACACAAUUAUUGGAAAUAUAGAUUUUGGUGUUUGGCCUGAAUCAAAGAGCUUUAGCGGCGAAGGGUUUGGACCCGUCCCAUCAAAGUGGCGCGGAAUCUGUCAAGAUGGCGUCAAAGACGGAGUACGUUGCAACAGGAAGCUGAUAGGAGCAAGGUACUUUAACAAAGGAUAUAUUGCUUACUCGAAGGCUAACAACUUCACCUUCUCUAUUCAACACAAUCCAUACUUGUUCUCCACACGGGACUACAACGGUCAUGGGACUCAUACCCUUUCCACAGCCGGCGGCAACUUCGUCCGUCGUGCAAAUGUGUUUGGUUACGGCAAUGGCACCGCAAAGGGUGGUUCCCCGAGAGCCCGUGUGGCGGCUUACAAGGUUUGCUGGCCCGUGAUCAAUGAGCAUGAGUGCUUUGAAGCUGACGUUAUAGCUGCAUUUGAUGCUGCCAUAAACGAUGGCGUUGAUGUGCUUUCUGUGUCUCUUGGUACCGAUUCGCCUUCAGAAUUUUUCGAUAGCUCGAUUUCCAUAGGGGCUUUUCAUGCUGUUGCAAAUGGCAUCACUGUGGUCACAUCGGCUGGCAAUGAAGGGCCUGGUCCCGAGACCGUAACGAAUGUGCCACCAUGGCUCGUCACCGUCGGCGCCAGCACAAUUGAUCGCGAUUUUACCAGUUAUAUUGCCCUUGGCGACAAAAAGCACCUCAAGGGAGCAAGUCUUUCCUCUAGUGCAUUGCCAUCGGAGAAGUUUUACCCGUUGAUCAGUGGUGCAGAUGCUAAAGCCGCUAAAGCGUCUACUUCAGAUGCUCAGCAAUGUAAGCGUGGAGCUCUUGAUCCCAAGAAGGUGAAGGGGAAUAUCUUGGUCUGCGUUUGGGGUAAAUUUGCGAGAUCUGAAAUGGGUGAGCAGGCCUUUCACUCAGGCGCUGUCGGAAUGAUUUUGGCCAAUGAUAUUCGAAGGUGGAACGAUGUCAUUGCUGAUCCUCAUUUGCUCCCUGCUUCUCAUAUCAAUUUCACCGAUGGCGAAUUCAUCUUUGAGUACCUCAAUUCUACAAAGACUCCUAUGGCUUACAUGACGAGGGUAAAGACUCAAUUGGGAGUAAAACCAGCUCCCCUAGUGGCAUUUUUCUCGUCAAGAGGACCUAAUCUCAUCGAGCCAACAAUUCUCAAGCCGGACCUCACUGCUCCAGGAGUGAGCAUUAUCGCUGCAUACUCCGAAGGUACCGGAGCUCUUGAAGUAACGACGGAUGAGCGUCGAGUUCCAUUCAACAUUAAAUCGGGGACUUCAAUGUCAUGCCCUCAUAUUUCUGGAGUUAUUGGUCUUCUCAAAACACUUCACCCAUAUUGGAGUCCAGCCGCCCUAAGAUCUGCCAUCAUGACUACAGCUAGAACUAGAGAUAGCAACAGGGAACAAAUGCUGGACGCGGCGACAAUGCAACGAGCAACACCUUUCGCGUAUGGUGCGGGGCAUGUCCAACCAAAUCGUGCUAUGGACCCAGGACUUGUCUAUGACUUAACCAUUGAUGAUUAUUUAAACUUACUAUGUGCGCAUGGCUAUAAUGAAACUACCAUUAAGUUGUUCUCAAAUAAGCCAUACAAAUGUUCCAAGUCAUUUACCUUGGUUAACUUCAACUACCCUUCAAUUGCGGUUCCUAAUCUUGGUUCUGAACAAGUGAAUAUUGUUACUAGGAAAGUCAAGAAUGUUGGCAUACCGGGCACCUAUACCGCAUAUGUGAAGGCUCCGGCCGGGGUUUCAGUUUCUGUUAAGCCCAAAACCUUGAAAUUCAAGAGAAUUGGCGAAGAGAAGACAUUCAAGAUUAUUAUGAAGCCAAAGAUUGCUGGAAAGCCUAGAGACUACGUCUUUGGAUGGUUGAAAUGGUCAGAUGGCAAGCACUGCGUGAGGAGUCAUAUUGUAGUGAAGCACAAAUAAACUUGAUAUGAGUUAAAAUGUGAAGCGUGAAAAGCUAAAAGUGAGUUCAUUAGUUUGGCAAAGUGCUGCUUUUCUCUAUAUCCUUCUAGAAUCAUGGACAGUAUGUUAUUAACAGAUUGAUCUAUUCACCAUACGUAUUUGGAUGCCACAUUAUACAGGAAAAGUAGACUUAGAAAAAAAAAAAUCAAAUGUAUGCCAGCUAAAUGCGAAA